CGCAGAGGCGGCGCUGGGCCUCAUGCGGUUCCCAGCCGAGCCGGCCGGGAGCGGCGCCGCGCGCGCUCCGCACCUCCCGCCCGUUCUCCCCCCGCGCGCGCUGUCCGCGCGCCCGGCGGCCCCAGGCGCGGGGCAGAUGAAGUACAUCCUGGUCACGGGCGGGGUCAUCUCUGGCAUCGGCAAGGGGAUCAUCGCCAGCAGCAUCGGCACCAUCCUCAAGUCCUGCGGGCUGCAUGUCACCUCCAUUAAGAUCGACCCCUACAUCAACAUCGACGCCGGCACCUUCUCCCCGUACGAGCACGGGGAGGUGUUUGUGCUGGAUGAUGGAGGGGAGGUGGACCUGGACCUCGGGAACUACGAGCGCUUCCUCGACAUCCGACUCACCAAAGACAACAACCUGACCACGGGGAAGAUCUACCAGUAUGUCAUUAACAAGGAGAGGAAGGGAGAUUAUCUUGGCAAAACGGUCCAAGUUGUUCCCCACAUCACAGAUGCCAUACAGGAAUGGGUAAUGAGGCAGGCACGGAUUCCUGUGGAUGAAGAUGGCAUUGAACCCCAAGUUUGUGUGAUUGAGCUCGGGGGCACCGUGGGUGACAUCGAGAGCAUGCCGUUCAUCGAGGCCUUCCGCCAGUUCCAGUUCAAAGCCAAAAGAGAGAAUUUCUGUAACAUCCAUGUCAGUCUGGUUCCCCAGCCAAGCUCCACAGGGGAGCAGAAGACCAAACCCACCCAGAACAGCGUCCGUGAGCUCCGAGGGCUGGGGCUCUCACCAGAUCUGAUUGUUUGCAGGUGCUCCACUCCACUGGAUACCUCAGUAAAAGAGAAGAUUUCCAUGUUCUGUCAUGUUGAACCAGAACAGGUCAUUUGUGUUCAUGAUGUCUCCUCCAUCUACCGGGUUCCUCUGCUCUUGGAGGAGCAGGGAGUUGUGGACUACUUCAGGCACAGGCUGGACCUUCCCAUCGAGAGGCAGCCCAGGAGGAUGCUCAUGAAGUGGAAGGAGAUGGCAGACAGGUACGACCGUCUGCUUGAGACAUGCUCCAUUGCACUGGUGGGCAAAUACACCAAGUUUUCUGACUCCUAUGCAUCUGUCAUCAAAGCCCUGGAGCACUCUGCCCUGGCCAUCAACCACAAACUGGACAUUAAGUACAUUGACUCUGCUGACCUGGAGCCAGACACUCUGCAGGAGGAGCCUGUGAGGUACCACGAGGCGUGGCAGAAGCUCUGUGGUGCUGAUGGAGUUCUUGUUCCUGGUGGAUUUGGUGUUCGAGGGACAGAAGGCAAAAUUCAAGCCAUUUCCUGGGCAAGAAAACAGAAAAAACCCUUCUUAGGAGUCUGUCUGGGAAUGCAGCUGGCAGUGGUGGAGUUUGCUCGCAGUGUCCUUGGUUGGCAAGAUGCCAACUCAACAGAGUUUGACCCCAAAACUUCUCAUCCAGUGGUCAUAGACAUGCCAGAACAUAAUCCUGGGCAAAUGGGUGGGACAAUGAGGCUUGGCAAAAGAAGGACACUCUUCCAAACCAAGAAUUCAAUCAUGAGGAAGCUGUAUGGAGAUCACGAUUUCUUGGAAGAGAGGCACAGACACAGAUUUGAGGUCAAUCCACAACUGAAAAAGUGUUUUGAAGAGCAAGGUCUGAAGUUUGUGGGGCAGGAUGAGGAGGGGGAGCGCAUGGAAGUAGUUGAGCUGGAGGAGCAUCCUUUCUUCGUUGGUGUUCAGUAUCACCCUGAGUUCCUCUCCAGGCCCAUCAAGCCAUCACCCCCCUACUUCGGGCUCCUCCUGGCAUCUGCAGGGAGACUCACCCACUACCUGCAGAAGGGCUGCAGGCUCUCCCCCAGGGACACCUACAGUGACCGGAGUGGCAGCAGCUCUCCUGACCUGGAGAUAACAGAGCUGAAGUUCCCUUCAGCAAAUCAUGACUGAUUCCUGGUGUGUCCUUGCUGCCCAGAGGAGUCUCCAUUAGGUUUUCCAGGUGUUCUUACAGCAGUAGCUUCAACACCCUCAGCUUUGGGCUUUCCUAACUUAUGGGUUGAUAAUUUUCAUUCUGGCAUCCUGUCCCUUAUUUCCUCAGCACUUCUGUCCUUCCUUUAUUUUCUAUAUAGAUCUUGGUUCUUUGUGGAGGAGAGUUCACAGAGGCCCCUGCAGACUUCCUUCAGUUCCUUCAGCUGCACCAGCCUGGAGGUCAAAGCAGACUGGGCUGUGGGAUUUGCUGUGCUGAGGGAAAUCCCAGUGCAGGGAGUGCUUGGCAUCGGGGUGCCCUGGACACUGACAGUGGAGUUGCUUUCUCCAGUCUUUCUGCUCCCUCCUCAGUCUUUACUUACUGAUGAAAUUAUGGAUGGCACAAGAUUUUGGGGGCUGGCUUAGUGUUUGAGCUGGGCUGUGCUGCAGAGAGGACUCUGGGCAGCUUCAUGAAACCUUUUUGGGUUUUUUUUUUGUUUUUUUCAGGGAAAGGGGGAAGGGGAUGAUUUUUGCUUUGUUUUUACUUUUUUUUCAGUAGCAUUUGCAAACCUUUGUCACUGGUGCUCUUGGUGCAUUCACUGUCACUAUGAAUUUGUAACCAGGAAGAUCCUCCUGGAGAAUAGCGUUACUCUGGAACACGCUCAGCUCUGGCUGACGUGGCCCUGCAGGGAUGUGAUGGGAUCAGGCUGGGGGGACAGGAGAGCAAAGCUGCCAGGGCAGCCCUGACCCCAGCAAAGCUGCCAGGGCAGCCCUGACCCCAGCAAAGCUGCCAGGGCAGCCCUGACCCCAGCAAAGCUGCCAGGGCAGCCCUGACCCCAGGGCUCCCUGUGAGCCCCCCCUGGAGCCGCUCCCAGGGCUGGGAAGCUCCGACCCCUUGCAUCAAGGGGGAGGUGAGAACAGAGUGAACCACUGAACCACUUCCACUGCUGCCUUGAGCUGUGUCCUGGCCUGGGGCACAGCAGCUCCUGGUGCUUUCCCGUGGGUUUGAAGCGGAGCCUUGUGUUGCCUUUCAGUCCACGAUGGAGUCGCGUGUCCUGCGCUCCUGCAGUUCCCAAGGGCUGUUCUGAGGGAGGGGCUCACCCUGCCCUGUUCCCUGCCGUGGGUGGGGGGUGUUGCUGUCCAGCUCUGCCGUGCUGAGGGGGCUGAACUGCCUUGGUUCCCUGCCUGCUGCUCCCUGUGUGGCCUUUGGUGACUGGGAGGAAAGGAAGGAAGGAAGGAAAGUGUCUCCGUUGUCUGAUGUUGCACACUCAAGACUUCAGCAGCUCCGUGGUUUUGGGAGAGCUGCACGGGUCAGACCUGGCUGAGCCACGAAACCAAACCCUGUCCUGUCCCUCCUCAGUGAUCUCCUCCCCAGCCCCCCUUGCUUUAGCCCUCAGUUUAAAAUAUUCCCUGUAAAGCUGCUGUGAGCCCGGAGAGCUUCGAGCAGCCCUCGUGUGCCAAUUCCAGCUGUUGUGCAGGAAUUACUGAGUUGCAGGGCUCUGCUACUGCCCAGUCCUGCCCUGGCCUGGCUGCUCCUGGGGCAGGGUGAGAUCCUUCCUCAGCUGCAGCACAACUGUGGGGUUUUUUUUCUCCUGAAAUGUUUGUUUUGGCCAAAACUGUGCAACUGACUUGGUCAUUAAAUGCUCAUUUGUAACAAACUGA